AUGGCUUUUCGGCUGGCGAGCAAUCGCUUGCUGAGAAUUGCUGUACCAACAACCCGAUUCGCCAGUGAUAAGGCAGCGCCCUGGAGGCUUGGACGACUGAACCACGUUGCUGUUGCUGUACCUGACUUGCAAAAGGCAACGGCUUUCUACAGAGAUGUUCUUGGUGCUAAUGUGAGCGAUGCUGUACCUCUACCAGAGCACGGUGUGACCACAGUAUUUGUGGAGUUGGAUAACACGAAAAUUGAACUGCUGUAUCCUCUGGGCGAGAAGAGUCCUAUUGCUGGAUUCCUCAAGAACAAACCAGACGGUGGAAUGCAUCAUAUUUGCAUGGAAGUGGACGAUAUUCAGGCGGCAGUCGAAAGCGUGCGUGCUGCCAACGUCCGAACCCUGGGCGCCGAGCCGAAGAUCGGUGCCCACGGCAAGCCAGUCAUGUUUCUCCAUCCGAAAGACUGUGAUGGUGUGUUAGUUGAACUUGAGCAGGCAUAG